AUGAGAAGACCCCUCCUCGAGCGUAUCAUCCACGCACUAGGUCACUGGUCUCCGUAUUUCACAUUAAGGAGAGAUGUUGUUGGUCGUGAAAGGCUCACUCCAUUGCAGAAAUGUACGACGGCUAUUCGCCAAUUGGCAUAUGGUACCCCCGCGGACGCUCUAGUUGAGUACCUCAAGAUUGGUGAGAAGACUGCCCUCGACUGCUUGAAGCUGUUCACAGAAGGCGUUAUUUCUAUAUUUGGUGAUGAGUAUACACGAAGACCCAACACCGAAGAUGUGCAACGUUUACUUGAUGUUGGCGAAAGUCGUGGUUUUCCUGGAAUGUUAGGAAGCCUUGACUGUAUGCAUUGGUGCUGGGAGAAAUGUCCCAUUGCAUGGAAGGGUCAAUUCACUCAUGGAGAUAAAGGCGUUCCUACUCUUAUUCUUUGGAUAUGGCAUGCCUUCUUUGGUGUUCCGGGAUGCAACAAUGAUAUCAACGUGCUUAAUCAAUCGACGUUGUUCAUUGAACAAUUGAGUGGGCACAACGAGAAGGAAUAUCAACAUGGUUAUUACCUUGUUGAUGGGAUAUAUUCUGAAUGGGCCGCAUUCAUUAAGUCAAUACCGAUGGCCCAGACAGAAAAGCACAAGUUGUUUGCCAGGCACCAAGAAGGGAUUAGGAAGGAUGUGGAACAUGCAUUUGGUGUGUUGCAAAGUCGAUGGUCUAUUUUAUGUCACCCCGCCCGUUUAUAUGCUCGGGGCGAUAUCAAGAAUGUUAUGACGGCUUGCAUCAUCAUGCACAACAUGAUAGUCGAGGAUGAAAAAGAAGAGGCAGGCAAUAUUCUUGAUAUGAAUUUAGAAGCAGGCACAUCCAUAAUUUUUCCAUCGGUCUUUGAUCAUGAUGUCAGGCCAGCAUUUGCUGACGUACUAGAAAGAUAUGCUAUCAUCCGUCAUUGCCCGACACACCAAAAAACUAAAGGAUGA